AUGAAAUCCCUCGCGGUCCUCCUGACCAGCGCCCUGGCGCUGGCCAGCUCGGCUCUGGCCGCCGCAGCCGAGAUCCCACAGUUCACGCAAGAAGAAAUCGACACGGGCGUCGCCAUCCGCGAGCUGGGGCGCAUCGCCUACGAGAAUGCCCUCGCGCGUGUCGAGGCCUCGACUGAGGGCUGCACUAAGGAGAAUGUGCGGAUUCGUAAGGAGUGGCGUAACAUGACCCUAGACGACCGCAAAGGCUACCAGGAGGCAGUUCAGUGUCUGAUGCAGCAGCCGGCACGGCACACGGGGCUGGACGGGGUGCGCACGGCGUGGGACGACUACGGCGCGCUGCACUACUACCAGACGCCGUAUGUGCACAACUCGGCGACAUUUUUGCUCUGGCAUCGGCAUUAUAACUGGGUGCUGGAACAGGAUUUGAAGGAGUUGUGCGGGUAUACGGGCGUCUUCCCCUACUGGGAAUGGGGCCUCGACUGCGGCACCAUGGGCACAGUCGACACCUCUCCGGUCUUCGACGGCAGCGAGUACUCGCUCGGUGGCAACGGCGAGUUCAUCGAAGGCCAUCGCCCCUCCAUCGGCGGCGCCAAAGCCGGAUCCGGCGGUGGCUGUCUCCUAUCCGGGCCCUUCUCCAACUUCACCGUCAACAUCGGCCCCGUGGGCUCAGCCGACCCGCUGAAAUACAACCCCCGCUGUAUCAAGCGUGAUUUGAACAACGAUAUCUGCAGCAAGUGGGCUACGUUGCGGAAUACCACGGAGCCGAUUUUGAAUGCGACGGAUAUUGCGGUGUUUCAGGCGAUUGUGCAGGGGGAUGGGCGGUGGCCGGAGGGGAGGACGGUGGGUAUGGCGGUGCAUGGGGGUGGGCAUUUUAGUAUUAGUGGUGAUCCGGGGAGUGACUUUUACUUUUCGGCGCUGGAGCCGGGGUUUUAUUUGCAUCAUGGAAAUAUUGACCGGAUGCAUUUUAUUUGGCAGAAUCUGGAUUGGGAGAACCGGCAGACCAUUGCGGGCACCAACACCAUGUACGACCAGCCUCCUACGCCCGAGGCCGUCCUGGAGGACAACAUGGGCUUCGAGCCUCUUAACCGGAAUGUGACGAUCGGCCAGACCAUGGACACGGUCGGCGGCACUCCGUUGUGUUAUGUGUAUGAGCCGUGGUAA